CCUCUCCUGUGUGAAUGAUAUACCAGAGGCUGACCCGUCUCACGAGUAUGGCACAGACCAACCAUGGCGAACCAGAGAUCCUGUGGCGUCCUACUCAUGGCGGCACAACGCCCAUGGAUACAUACCGCCGGCUUGUCAAUGACAGGUACAACCAGAAGCUGGUCGACACCAAAGAGCUGCAGCAAUGGUCCGUCAGGCAUCCACACAACUUCUGGCUCGAUCUGUAUAGAUAUCUGAAGCUCAAACCCCCCUUGCCACCGUCAAUGAAGAAAGCAUACGACGACAACGUUCCCAUGAGCCAGAACCCUCCAUUCUUUCCGGGCCACGAAUUGAAUUACGCCGAGAAUGUGCUGUUCGCCAAUCCCAACCCUGACGAUAUAGCCUUGAUCGGCAUCAGAGAGGAUCAGGACAUUUACAAGGACAGACCUGAGACCAUCACGUGGCGACAAUUCAGGGGAAAAGUCCGGGAAACCGCCAGCGCCCUGAAACGAAGUGGUGUCAAGCAAGGCGACCGCGUCGGCGCAUUGGUCGCGACGUCGAACUGGGCCAUCAUUCUGUUCCAUGCAGCGGCCUCCAUAGGUGCAAUCUUCACGUGUAUCAGUCCGGAACUCGGAGUGGAAGGAUGCGUUUCCAGACUGCAGCAAGUCAAGCCCAGCAUUCUCUUCGUCGAUAGUCACGUCGUGUACAAGGGCAAGGCGGUCUCCACGGCACAGAAGCUGAGUGAAAUCCUGCAGAGACUGAAUAGCCGCCCGAAGGUCUUCGUGGUACCUGUGGAAACGGUGCAGUCAAAAUUUCCUACGAUGGACGAUUUCUUGCAGAGAUCAAGUCCCUCCGACGCGCUCACUUUCACACGUGUACCAUUCAACUACCCUCUGCUGAUUUGCUACUCUUCCGGCACGACAGGAGCGCCAAAGUGCAUCGUCCACCAGCACGGACUGAUCAUACAAGUCAAAAAGAUCUCAUCUCUUCACAACGGCUUGGCGCCCGGAGAUGUGAUCAUGCAGUACUCGAGCACUUCUUGGGUAGUGUUCUAUGUCAUGUGCGGGCAUUUAUCUGCUGGUGCAACUUUAGUGGUGUACAACGGCAGUCCCUUGUUCCCCGAUGCAAAACAAUUACUCAGGAUCUGUGACAAGCACCGCGUUAGUUUCCUCGGCGCUUCACCUCGCUUGCUGCUUGAAAUUGAGAUGUCGCGAACAAUACCGAAGAAGGAGUUCGACCUCUCACCAUUAAGAAUGGUCUAUACCACCGGUGCGCCUCUAUCCAUCGAGCAAUAUCGAUGGUUCUACCGAUCCUUUCCCUCCGCAGUGCAUAUCUGUAACACUGCUGGGGGUACCGACACAGCGACUUCUCUUCUUGCUUUGGAUCCUUGUGCGCCUGUAUAUGCAGGUGAAAUGCAAGUGCCAGCUCUUGGGAUGGACGUCGAUAUCGUCGAUCCUGUCACUGGGGAAUCCAUUGCACAAACAGGUGAAGCGGGCGAAAUGGUGAUCAGGAAACCUUUUCCUAGCAUGCCGUGCUUCUUCUGGGGCGACAAAGAUGGCAAGCUGUACCGUGCAGCAUAUUUCGAGAGGUUUGAACAUAUCGACGUCUGGGCUCAACAUGACUGGCUGAGUCGGAAUCCGAAGACAGGCGGAUAUACCAUGCACGGUCGCAGCGACGGUGUUUUGAAUCCUUCAGGCAUACGCUUCGGCAGUGGUGAAAUCUACGCCAUUGUUGAGACUCAGCCAUUCACCGAGUACAUCAGCAACAGUCUAUGUGUCGGCCGCCGGAGACCAAAGGACCCAGAUGAGCAAGUAUUCUUGUUCCUGGUCAUGAAACCUGGCAUCUCCUUGACGACAGAGUUACGUUCACAGGUCAAAAAUGCAGUCCGAAAUGGACUGUCUCCGCGGCAUGUGCCCAAGUUUGUGAUAGCCGUCCCCGACAUUCCGGUGACGAUCAACGGAAAGAAGGUUGAGAUUGCUGUUAAGAAUGUCUUGAGCGGAAAAGAUGUAAAACCAAGUGCGACUGUACAAAAUCCUGAAACCAUUGCGUGGUUCAAGCGAUUUAGAGACCUGGAAUCAGAACCAGGAGAUACAAAGUUGUAGAAACGGUCGAAACUAGAAUAUAGAGGCAUGGUGCUCGAAGUUACCUGAGUUGGCU